CUAUCCAAUUUGACUGUACAACCUAUCUUUAGCAGGACCAAUACAAAGAAAGAACAACGCGACAAUGAGCUCCGAAAAUGGAAUCCCAGUAAUGAACAAGCCUGUCGAUGCGAUGGAAGUCGGUCCCAACGGCAGCAAUCUGGCCACGGCGGCCAUGAGAAAACAUCCGAUGGAGGAGCUCCAACAGCGCCAAGGUGUGUGCAUGUAAUGGGCUUUCGGUGAAACCGAACUCGUUUCGUAAAGUUACCACCGCUGGAUGAAUACGGUGGUAGUCUUUGUAUUAACAUGCGAUGCGCGACCGAUUCGACUUGAGAUUUGUGGYUUUGGCGAUGGUUCUCUCACUUAAUCGUUUGAUCCUUUCUUAUGACAUGCUUGAUGAAAAAUGCAUCGAUUGUUAUGGCAACAACAAAUGAAUCUAAUGAAUACAUUKCAUUGCUCGUCCAGCUGCCCAAAGAAUUUCAUUCAUGGGGACCGACGAGGAAGAGGAAGUCAGACGAUUGUACGGGAGUGGCUUUGCCAUGAAGCUCGCCACGGAACGCCGGGCCGCCAACCAAACAACGAUCGGCAGCAUCGGAGGCGGAAUUCCUUCYUCCAACAACGUAAUGGGCGACAUUUUGAGCGGGCGAGACAUGCAAAUCGGAUUCGAGGACACCCUUGGAUUGCCCGAAUUCCGACCCGUUGUSAGCAAAAUGCACGAAGAUCCUCACAUGGUGAUGGAACGAAAGCUGGGGAUGUAAUCAAUGCGAAUCAGAUGUAACAGGAUACAAUAACAAACAAUACGAUGUACAAUCGAACUGCUCGUAACAGAGUAAACGAAAMGCACAGGCAAUCUGUCCUUGUCCGUGAGCACCAAUUCGUUGUGGYAUGGUUUUCACUUAAAAAUUU